AGAUAGAGAGACAGGUAGGUAGAUAGAGAGACAGAUAAAAAAUGCUCAGGUGGAAGAGUUUCACCAUGAAAAUGUAUCAUGCAAACAUUAGAAGUGGAUUUGAAAAGUCACUUUGUGAAUUGCACCAAAUAUAUUGUCUAACUGAAUAAAUUGCAGGAAAAAUGCAUUGUGAUAUACAUAAAUUAGAACAUCUUGGUUGUGGUUUUUUUCAGUGUUGCCCAUUUCCUUUUAUUUUGUUGUAAACAUACGCAUUUUUCUGUAAUAACUCUACUGGGACUGCUCAAAGAGCCAGCAUUUCAGCACCUGUUAUCUGAUUUGCUGAAUAAGGGACAUUACACAUCUGGAGUGCUCUGGUGAUAUCCUCUUCUUCUGUUUGGAAAUUAUGCUCCAGUGGAAACAGGAGUCUCACCACUGAAAGUGGAAGCUUUACAAUUAAAGGUAUGUUGGACAACUGCAGUGCACAUACACAGACAAAAACAUUCCGGUCCAAUGCCACAUUCUGCAGUGCCAAGUCAGGUGAGUUCUGGCCACACUGUACUCCACACACACGAACUCUUCAGUUUCACUUGCAACAAACCUGUUUUUUCUUUUCUGUGUACAGUACUCUUUAAAGGUGAUUGCAGUUACAAACAAUUCGUCAAUUAAAUAAUAGUAAUGAUAAUAAUCAUCAUCAUCAUCAAGACUUAUACAAGCUCUUGGCUUGACUAUUAGCUACUUAACAAUUGCUUGUAUAUACAAUUGUACCAGUCCUCCAGCACAAACAUACAAUCAAAAAGACAACAUAUUUUUUCUUCAAAGUAUUCUAAAAAGAGUAUGAAAUCACAUAUAAGGUUUCUUUUUGGAAAUUAUUUCUAUUAUUUAUUUGUUUUAGUCCGUGUUAGUAAAUUGGAAGCUGAUAUUGGAAGCUGACAUAAAACUCGUGUUUCCACAUGUAUAAAGUAUUUUCUUUUCAGUAAUAUAUUAAUCAAAAGUCAGCUAAAUAAUUAACACCAUAACUUAACUCUAAGCAAUUGUCUCAUUAUCACUGUUUAAUUCAGAGGCACUGGAGUCGACCAACUAACUCUCUUGACACCUUACCAACGCAUUAAAUCCACAGUAACUAAUGCAAAUGGUUUAUAAUUUCCUAACAUUCAUUAAAACUAAUAAAGGCAAGGACAUUCUUUUCUUGUACUGUCAAACACAGAGAGAAAAGUGUUACACAUCACCUGCGGUUGAUGAAAAAAAUGUGAGGUGUAUCUGUUUUUAAAUCUUAUCACAUAAUUAAAGACUGGUAAAGUACAGUGCAGAGGGCAAAUUAUGUUGGCAAUAGCUGGACUUUAGACUGUGUCAGCUAACAGGGUUUGCUAUGGUUGAUAUCUUACAUAUUUUAACUAAACAGAUAGAAAAAAAGAAAUAAUUUCACAUUUUGAAAUCGUAAUAUUUUGUCUCGCAAGUAUUAUACACAAACAUACAGAAAUUAAAACACUGAGAUACCUUUGGCAGCCCUUGCAAACUCUGCAAAGAAUCGAAUUUAUCUCCACUGAGAGCUGGUGGAGUCAUUACAUUCAAUUGACUUAAACAGUACUCGAUCAAAUCCCUAAAUCCACAGCCAUACCUGGCAUCAUCCCCAAAACAACAGUCAACAGAUUAUAUUUUUUUAAACACAACCGCAUGAAUAAAAGAUGGAAGAAAAAUGGGAGGAAAGAAUAUGAAAGACAGUGUAGAGCAAAACCAGAAGACAUCUUCCCUUCUCUUUUAAUAUGACCAGUUAUUUCCAGUCCAGCAUGGCAUUAAUUCAAUGCUAGACCUUUAGAAACCUAAACAGCUCAGAAAACUGUCUUCACUUUCAACUGAGCAGCGUUUCCUUACAGAGGAGGGUGUCAGUUCUGCUGCAUUUUGAAUGCUCAUAAGGACAGGAGGGAGAGAACACAGAAGGAUGAGAUGCCCUUUCCUCAAGCCUAAGAACGCUGAGGGCUGGGCACUCAAACCCAGAGCUGUGACAGCAGCAGCAGCCCCACAGCUGCCUGGGUUCCAGUCUGAGAGAGGAAAAGCUGUGCACCCAAAACAAGCUGAUAGCUUGGUCUCAUCUAUUACCCUGCACAAGCAGUGGUCAAGUUUUGUGACAGCAGAAACCCAGGAAAGGCUAAAGCAAUGCACAUUUCUCUUCAUCCUCCUUACAGAUGCUUCCAUGGAAAGCUCAGGAAAACCCCAGACAAAAAGCAUCAGUGAAUAGGUAGAGAAUCCUACAUCCUAACCCCCAAGUAUCCUGCAAGUUUCAUUUAACAUUACAGAUCAGAAAACAGAUUUCCAGGAGAUUAAAAAUAGACUUCAAAUCUAUUUUUAGGCAUGUUUUCAGAAAAGACCUUAUUUUUACAGGCCAAGUGGCCUGAGGCACCCAAGUGACCUCCAGGCCACUCAGUACUUUUAAGGAGUGAAACAGCAGUCUCUUUCUCCUGGCCCUUUGAACAGAUAGAAGGGCAUUAUUUUACAUUACAUUACAGGGACUGCUCCUGAACACACUAUAAUUACAACAAGUUGCAUUAUGUAAUUUCAGUGCUGUCUACUACAAAAGUUUCUGCUUCAUAAAAGCACACUCAGAAUGCACCCAAAUGGUUACAACACUGUGUGUCAUCAAAGGCACCGUACCAGCCCUCCAGACACACUCUCAUGCAGCAGGUUAAAGAAACAUUGCCUGGCACUGUGGCUCAUGCCUGUCAGAGAAAAACAUUCUCCUUACAAAUUGCUGCUUUGAUUCUAAAUUCGUACAUGGUAUUUAGACCCAAACAAAUUUCUAAAAACAACCUCCUCUCCCAGUUCCAAAGACUAUUUUCAGAAAACUUGACAUUGCCAACAAGAGGAAAAUGUAGGAGUGAAGGAUACCUUAUUUAUUGGGCUGUUGUAAACUCACAAUCACUUUGGUGUCUGUCACUGAAAAUUAAAGUGUAAAGAAAAGCAAAUGUGAAUGGGAAAAAAAUAAAAAUUUUUAAAAGUUUUCAAUAUGGAAUCAGUCUUAUUAUUUGGGGAAUUUUGUUCCACUUUUUUGGUAUUUAGCACAAGCAUUGUUUAAGUGUUUGCAAGUGCUGAACUUUUAUAUCUAAACAAAAGAGACUCAAAUAUAUAUGAGAAGUGUCCUUAUACCAGGAAGUACAACAUUAAUUGUAAUGUUAACAUAAAUAUUACAGCUGUUAUUGAUUGCAAAUACAAAUCAGGACUUCUAAGAUUACAUUCCUUUAAUUCUAAUGACUCAUAAGGAAGUGUAACUGCACUUGGCCCAAAGCAAUUGAAAGUAGCAGCUCUCUAAAGGGACAAAUCUUGCCACAGACUGGCUCUGAUAACAUCCUAAUUCUUCCUUCAAGUGGGAUCAGCCAGUAGCUUGUCUCCAGUUGAUCCCAAAUGGUCUACUCCCCUGAUUAAUUUAAAAAUACCUUUCUUUCCUGACCACAGAACUUGUUAUAACACUUAGGAUGUUAAUGGUCUUCUAGAGUCUUCCAGAUACAGUUUGCAUUUAUAAUAUUAAGGAACUCAGUUAGAAGUCUUCAGGUUUUGUCUAAUCAAAAAAGCAUAACACUUCUCACAGUGUUUCUAAAAACACCAUAAGCACGUACAAUGAAAUAAUUGCUUCCAGCAAAAAAAAUCAAUCAAGUUUCUUUGUGUAACGUAUCUGUUCUUAUGAAUCACUUCUAUGAAAAUAUCAUGCAGAAGCUAAGAAUAAUAUUUAGAUACAUUUAAAUAAGUUACUGAGCUUUAAUAUGAUAAAUGGUUCCACAUUACAUUUUUUUCCAGUAGCACAGCCCAAGUGACUCCUGUCCUUUUCCUUGUUUCUACUAUUUUGCUAGUUUACUCAUCAGUAGUGCUGAUGCAACUGUUUGUGAAGCUGCACUCUAAGCCAAAAGGAGAAAUAAUGACCUCAUUUUAGAAAAGAACAGUACACUCACUCUUGUUCAUCAGUGUAAUUUUAGAACCCAUAAUUAGAAAAAAAAAAACCAAAACAACAAACAUGACAUGUAUUCAUAGUGGCAGUUAAGAAAUCAUGAACAUAAGGUGUAUUUCAGUUGAAUGGAAAGAUUCUUGUUUAACAGUUAAAAGGUAGAUCACCUACAGGGAAACUCAGAAAGGGAAUUACUGCCAGAUAGCCAAAGCUGUCUACAUUUCAUUUCAGGGGAAAAAAUGGUUUUAUUUAUAUUCAUAUUACAGCCUUUCCUGUUGGGAGACAAAAGAACCUGAAACACAAAGAGCAAGUUUGCUCAGUUCCCUUUAGUGCCCAGCAGCGUAAAUUUCAGAGGAGACAUCACCCCAGGUACCAGGAGGCUUCCACAGAGAAUAUUCACAUUUACAAGGAGAGCAGCACGUCUUUCUUUGGAACACUGUCUCACAAGUAGUACAUGGAAAAAAUACUGUUCCUAUUUUUUCCUAUUCAAGAGUAACAGAGUUGGACAACAGCGACCAAUUAUUUAGAAUAAGUGUGGUUCAUUUCUCCUUCAGAAAAGUUCCAAGCUAACUUCCUGCAUCAGUACAGAGGUGUCAGAGGCAGCCUCUGCACCUGCAUCACUUUCUGUCGAGUGCCUUUUCAGACCAAGUGCACCACUUCCUCCCAGACAUACAGGUCACUCAGUCGCAGUAUCAGUGAUUUUGCAGACUGGACAGCAGUAUCCACCACUAAUCACUGCCUCCCUCAUGGAAACCCUGUACUUCACCUGCUUCACUUCACUUAACCAACACGGCCAUGCUGUGCUGAACUUUGCAUUUCAUAUUAACUGUGCAAUUAUGCACUGCUGAUGCUGAGAUGAAGAUUUCUCAAGGCACUUCCCAGACUGGAAUUAUGGCCAAGCGUUCAGCACACACCUGGAGGAGGAGACAGCAACCUGCUUUCUUCAGGACUGCUAACAGUGAUUGCACUGAAGUCUCCCAGGCCCAGAACAUGGUAUCAAGGGAGCAGGGAGUUGCCAUGAUGAAAAACACAAAUACACCUAAGUCCUACUGAGAAAAGGCAGGAUUAGCAGUGUUACACUGCAAAAGGGAUCUUCAUGAGCUCUGCUCCGUCUUCACAAAUGAAAAGCAUAAAACUUUAUUGCAACUAAGUAUCAGACUGUUGCCUCAGUCUUUAGUUAUUUUAACCAAUCUUACCAAAUUCUAAACCUUCCCUCAAGCCUUGCCUUCUUCUGUGGAUCCUACUUGAAAACUAUAUCCCCUUCUCUUGCAAAUUUAACAAUGAGUUAGCAGACUUCAAGCACUGGCUGUAGGAGUUUAUGAGGCAAACUCACUGCUUAGAUUUUUAGACUCCUUGAAAGUCAAAACCUUUGCUUUGCAUCCAAGAAACUGUCUACUCCAAAGAACAGGUCUGCAUCACUCUAAUUUUUUCCUCUUAUUUUUAAAUGCCUUCCAGCUUCUCUGGUUUUGUGUCAGUUUCUCAUUAAUUUCACCAAAUACAUUUACAGAAGGAUUAGAAGAAGAUAUUAGAAGAGGAAGUAUGUACAUACAGAAUAAAUACCACGAAAAAGAGAAAAGAAGUUGAAGCUUUUUAUAUCAAUCUCUACUGCUGAGUUUCCAGGACUGUUUCUUGGAAUCAAAUGCCUAGAAAGCAGUUCUUUAACAUUUAUGGUAGGAAAUAAUAAGAGCAAAGAUCUUGAAAAGUCUUGAAAAAAAACCCACCUUAAAUAAAACAAUUGCUAGCUACACCUGCUGUGGCAACUAGGAUAAAUUCUACAUCAAUGCCAUUUAUUUUCAUUGAAGAGACUACAAGUGGGGAAAAGAUGACCAUAGACAAAAUUAGUAUUUGAACUGUCUAUAGAAGUUACUGUCUUGUUUUAGCCUAGCAGUUUAUGUCCUGAAAAGGUAUUGUGGUACUUUCUUCUGUCAUUGACUUGCACCUCUGUUGUCCCUACUUAUUAGUUUUAUGUAGCUAAUUAAGUGGAAAUCAAAAUGAAUUUAGGAAAUUUAUGCAUCAUCAACAGAACUUUUAAUUAAAACCUUGUUGCUUCCAAAUGUCAAUAAUGCCUGGGCAGUGAAAUACUUUUUGUGAGGUUACGCAUUUGGGUGGAAGACAAGCUCACCAGAGUAAUACUGUUUUUAAUACUCUCUGCUUAAAGCAACUGCAAAAUUAUAUGUUACAGUGACAUAAAGAAAAAAACAUAAUCUGUAGAGCUGUGCAGCAUGAAUCACAAAGACUCACUUCAGAUCCUAAGAUGGCAAAGGAUUGGUGGAGCUUGUAUCUUUUACUUGUAAGACAUACAAUAAUCGUUGGAAUCCACAACUGGCAUAUUUUUGUUAAAAAUGAGAAAGAAACAUUAAGCUUCCAAGGCUGGCAGAGACACAAAAAGUCCAAUUCAUUCAUGAGGAGUAAGAGGGAAAAAAAACAGCCAGAGAAACCAUGGCAGGCAGAUGCAGAAUUGCAAUGUGUUUGAUCUAUUGUGGUUGUACUCUUGAGGUACAAGUGUACAGCUGUCACGUUUCAUGUGUUUGACAACUCACCCCAUAAAGCAGUAGCACCAAACCUGUCCAUAAAGCUCCAGAGUUCACUGCUCCUGAUUCACUGGCCAAGAGGAGGGCCUUGCUCCCUGGCAGAUAAUUUAAGGACAAUGAUGAACAAACUCUUUCCUAAUCAUAAAAUGCAGUAUAUUACUCUUUCUAGCAAACACACGUCGCAUCUGAGAUUAGCCCAGGGGCUGAAUCAUCGCUUUCUCCCAACAAAUGCUGGAUGCUGACGGAGGCAGGAAGAGUGCUGAUCUGCUGCUCCACGCUUCUUACUGAAAUCAAAAGCUUAAGUAUUACCAUGAAUGAAAACUAGAACCACGACAGGCAGUGAAACGUUAAUAUUCUUUAUUUUACGCAUUACUGUAGGCUGUGUAACAUUACAGCUGCAUGUAAGCAGACAUACCUGGAUCAGUAUCAGUGCAUACAGCAAUCAUGCUCCCGCAGGAAUCCAUCCGUGCGCCCAGGGAGCCGCCGGCUCCCGCUGCAGCCCGUGCUAGAGCCGGCAGGGCUCUCCGCUCCCGCUGCAGCCCCUGCUGGAGCCGGCAGGGCUCUCCGCUCCCGCUGCAGCCCGUGCUAGAGCCGGCAGGGCUCUCCGCUCCCGCUGCAGCCCCUGCUGGAGCCGGCAGGGCUCUCCGCUCCCGCUGCAGCCCCUGCUGGAGCCGGCAGGGCUCUCCGCUCCCGCUGCAGCCCCUGCUGGAGCCGGCAGGGCUCUCUGCUCCCGCUGCAGCCCGCGCUAAAGCCGGCAGGGCUCUCUACUCCCGCUGCAGCCCGUGCCAGAGCCGGCAAGCUCGGCCUGCGGGCCCUGAGAGCGCCGGCCCUCAUUCCCCCCGUGCUUACGGCGGUAUUUCGCAGCUCCAGGACGCCGGCUGGGGCGCCGCAGGUGCCAGCGGGUGCUCAGAGGCGCGGGGAGCACCGGGCGGGCACACGGGAGCCGCUCACGCCGCAUCACCGCGCCCCGGGCCCGCCGAGCCCCGCCCGCCCGUGGCCCAAGCCACCCCCGGAGCCACCACCGCGCUCAGAGGGCGCGGAGCUUUGAACCGCGCCGGCCGCCAUACGGGGGAGGUGCCACUGUCGCUUCCGCGAGAGGCGGCAUAGGACGCUCAUGGAGGAGCUACCCGUCGUCGUGCUCCUGCUCCUCCUCCUCUCCUUACUGCUUGUCCCGCUGGUGCUCCUGGAUAGGAGGCACCGCGGUCGGCGGACGCCUCCGUUCAGUGUCCUGGUGGUGGCCGGCUCUGGUGGGCAUACAACAGAAAUCCUGAGGUUACUUAGCUGUUUGUCAGAGUCAUACUCUCCUAGACAUUAUGUUUUGGCAGACUCAGAUAAGAUGAGUGAAGCUAAAAUACGUUCUUUUGAACAAAAAAGGGCUGAAACAUUCUCCAAGUCCCAGUUCAGCCUGGAUCGCAUUCCCAGAAGCCGGGAGGUCAGACAGUCCUGGAUCUCCUCUGUGCUAACAACACUGUACUCCAUACUUUACUCUCUUCCUCUGACCUACAAACGGAAACCAGAUUUGAUAUUGUGCAAUGGACCAGGAACAUGUGUUCCUGUCUGUUUAUCUGCUUUUCUUCUUGGCCUUCUACGAAUAAAGAGAACAAUUAUUGUGUAUGUAGAGAGCAUCUGCCGUGUGGAAACUUUAUCCUUGUCUGGAAAGAUUCUUUACUACUUCUCAGAUUAUUUCAUUGUUCAGUGGCCUGAUCUAAAGAAAAAAUAUCCCAAGUCAGUGUAUCUUGGUCGAAUUGUGUAACAACAGAAGACAAGCUAAACUUCACCUGAAAUAGACUCUACAAGCUCCUCAUUUGCAUUCCUGUAGUAAUUUAUUUUCAAGAAUUCCUGUUACUAAAUUAGGCUGGUACUUAAAAAUGAGACAAUAAAGUUUUCUCUACAUUUAAGUAAAAUUUUUGUGUAUUUUUAUUUAUUGCUAUCAUGUAGGUCUGUUUGCCAAUAACUCAUAGUGGCUCUAAGUCUAUCCUGUCUCUGUUUUCAUCUAGUUUUUCUGCUAUGUGAAUGGUAAUUUUUGUCUACAAAUAAAUAUGGGAAUUUGUAUGAAUGUAAC